GGCGGCGUCCCCGCCGUGCGCCGCGGCGGAGAAGGCGGCGCGGCGGCCGAGGGGGGCGGGGGCGGGGACGUGGCGCUGGCGCUGCUAGAGCUGCGAGACAUUCCCGUCCCUGCCCUGCCCGCGGCACGGGACGCGGGCAGUGAUAUUGACCCUGCACUGCUCGCGGCCCUCGUGUGUGCGUGCCACGAGGUGGACCGCGCCACGCACGCGCUGGGCCUGCCGGCAGCGCAGCGGCUGGCGGUGUGCUUGGCCGUGGCCCGGGCCGUCGAGCAAACGGGCGGUGUCGUGCGGUUUGUUGGGGACGCAUACCCGCGGCUGCACGCCGCGUGCUGCGAUGGGGACUCCCAGGGCGUGCUGGAGUGGGUGGACGAGCUGAUGCAGGGCAAGUGA